AUGAAGCGUGCACAGCUUGUGCCACUCGAUGUAGACACAUCCAGAGCUGGUACGCCUGCUCCUGGGAGUUCAAUUGGCUCUCCAGCGACGGCGAAUGCUGGAGCUGCCGCAGGCGGUGCCACAACUGCUACUCCAGCCCCGGGCAACACAUAUGGGACUAGCACGCCGGAGGUUCCGCCUGGUUUGAAUAAGGACGGGUAUAGCCCGAUGCAGAGGUUGAUGGACAAACUCAAGAAGAAGAGAAAAGCGUCUCCAUCACAAAGCACACGAAAAUUGGGACCAUUUAAGCCCAAGCUAGCCUCGGACCCACUCAAGCGCAAAUAUCUGAACUAUGAGGAUCUAGACCUUGACAAAUCCUACGUUGAUGAGGCUCCGAAGCAGCCAAGGAAGGCGAAGAAGCGCGUCAGGCCGAGAAAGAAUUGGAAUCAUACGGGCGCUGAGCCCAUCACCGAGAUUGAUGAUAUUCCCAAGGGCUGGGAUCAUAUUGAAUACGAUUUGGCUGAGGAAUGCCAUGAGCGCAUCGCCGAGCGAAUCAUGCCCGACGUCUUCAAGACACGAUUGGAAAGGUUUGAGGAACUAAAGAAGGAGAGAUAG